AAGUUUCACUAGUGAGUCGCUCUUGCUUAAUGCGUUAACAAGUGAAAUAAUAAUAAUAUAAUUACGACUGGUCGAAACAAAAUUGAUUUUAUGUAUAUGACAAUUGAUAGUAAUUUACGAAUAAAACUAAAGUAAGGUAGUGUUAGUGUUUGAAAUAAUCAUAUUUUUUAUACUUCGAUUUAAGCCUAACCUGUGAAUUUAAAAUAAAAUAAAAAAUGACUGAAAGUAAUCUUCUGUGCGUUUGCAUGCUACGGUUAUCUGUUUUAGUUGGUCUUUUAUCAGUUGUGGUCACUAUCAUCUAUUAUACGCCUAUUCCCGAUUUUGAAACUACAAAACAAAAUUGUGAUAGAGAAUGUCAUGAAUUGGAUUGGCCGCUAAUUUGCAGAUAUAAAAUUGUGCUGGAGGCUCAAAAUAUUCAAAACGAUUGUCAAAAGUGUUCCUUCAAUAAUCAAACGGAAUGCCUACAUGACAUUUAUUGCAAUGGAUUUUCAGAGAAAAUUAUUACUGCUAAUAGACAAGUUCCUGGUCCAUCUAUAAGAGUUUGUGAAAACGAUAUAAUGGUAAUAGACGUUGUUAACCGAAUACCAGGACAUAGUGUAUCGGUACACUGGAGAGGACAGUGGCAAAAAGAGACUCCGGUAAUGGAUGGUGCUCCUAUGGUAACACAAUGUCCGAUACUACCACAUACUACAUUUCAAUAUAAAUUUAGAGCUGCUCAAGCAGGAACUCAUUGGUGGCAAAUAUUAUCGGGCGACGAGUUGUCCGAUAGAGUGUUUGGAGCAUUUAUAGUGAAGCAGUCCAAACGAAAAGAACCACAUGCCUCCAUUUAUGACUUUGAUGAAAUUCCACAAGUUUUACUUGUAGAAUAUACAGCAAUCACACAAAAUAAUAUCUAUGAAAUGCGUAUAAAUGGAAUCGCAUCGAAUACGUCAAUCGUCGUACAAAACAAUAGCAAAUACAGAUUCAGAAUAAUAAAUACAGGAGGAGUUUCGCAAUGUCCAAUAGAGAUAAAACUACAUAAACAUCAUUUAACAGUUGUAUCAGUAGAUGGUCAUGCGAUUGAACCUAAACUAGUUAACGUUAUUCAAGUUGAACCAGGUGAAACUUUAGACUUCAUUUUAACAACAAGCAAAAACCAAGACAAUUUUGAUAUGGCGGUUAGUUCAGAGGGUCACUGUAAGAAUUUUAAUCAAACACACACAUUGUAUAUACAAUACAACUCGACAUUGCAUAAUAUUAUUCCAGAUACGAAAAAUCUUGUAGAACCGACUGAAUACGGGGAUCGACAUUUGUCUAUUACAAGUCUAACAAGUUUACCUUAUGAGUUGUCUGCAGUUAAAUUGAAAAAUACAAUUUAUUUGGGAUUUUCUUCGAUUAAAUAUCAACUUGGUGAAGGAAUCUGGUCAUUGCCGAAUUUUAACAAUAUAUCGAUGGUGCUACCUUCUGCCCCACUGCUAUUGCAACAGCCCGAAGAUGUGAUAUUAUGUAAUGCAGAAAAUUUGCCACUCAAAUGUCAGUCCAGUAUUACAUCUUGCGAGUGUACGCAUGUCAUUGACUUACCAUUGGGUUCUGCUACAGAAUUAGUUAUUUUCGAUACAGAGCAUACGCUGUUUAAAACGGAUAGGUCUCAUUCGUUUUAUUUGCAUGGACAUAGUUUCUACGUAGUCGGCCAGAAAAGCAAAGCAUUCAUCAAGUCAGCGGAUCAUGCAAAGAAGUUGGACAGUGAUGCACAUUUAGUUCACAGGAAACUUGACAGGUCGGUGUUGAAGAACACCGUUGUCGUGCCAGCAGCAGGUGUAUCUGUUGUACGAUUUAUCGCUGACAAUCCGGGUUAUUGGUUAUUCAGGAGUGAAAAAACUUCCGAAUGGUCCAGUGGCUUGUCAUUGAUAUUUAGAGUGAUAAAUCCUACUGGAAAUAUUCCUCAAGUACCCGAAGAUUUUCCUAAAUGUGGAAAUUUUAUAGGACCAGAAUUUUUUUUGGCUUGAAUUCGUUGAAGUAUUUCAAUCAUUGUUACCGUAUUAAUUUUGAUCUCCAACAUUAUUCUUAAGUUCUAUUUGGAAAUAUGUACACGGGUUGUAAUAGUUUUAAAUAAGAAUGUUAUUUGUAAAUUAAUUUUUUUUUUUUUUAAAUAAGUUAUUUAUUAUAAAUUAGUUUUUAUUGUGUGUAAUUAUUACAACAGGUGUAUAAAAAAUUUAUAAUCUCUAAUGUAUUACUAGUUACCAUGUAUAAUUUAUUUUAUACAAUAACGGAUUUGCUUAUGUGUAGACAGAGUUUGAUAUCCAUACACUAAAAAGUUUUUUUUAUUUA